GGCUAGUCCCAGCUCCUCAGAUCGAAGGAGGCCUUGGGCAGGGAUCGCACUGAGUGACAACCUUUCAGGAAGCGAGGAAGAGAAAGAAAGAAAGGGGGGUAAAAAAAACACCAAAAAACAAAAACCCAGAGACCGAGCCAGGACUCUCGGACCGUGAAGCUCGACAGUGAAUCGAGAGCACCGAGAUUUUAAGUCAAAGAACCCAGUCCUAGGACACUCGCUCUGCCUGCCUACCAUCGAAGGCAUAUGGAACUGGGGUCCUGAGCUGUCCCUGGCAACGUCAAGGUGGGUGAGCGCCCGGCUCUCCCAUUGGUAUGCAGCGACCAUUUCCCUUCAAGUCUCCAAGGUGGAAACACUUAAAAGGAUUACAAGCGUGAUCUGGUGGCCUUACUGAAAGUUGGUGGCCUGAAGAAGAGAAACUGCAAGGCCACGGCACGAUGGAUACAAUUCGGCCUCCGAGAGAGUUGGCACCUCCCGCUGGGCAGCCCCUCAAAGCAAAUCGCGGAGAUCUAGAGCGCUCUGCAAGGAUAGGUGCUCGGGGUUUGCUGCAUUUUUGAACUGGAUCAUUUAGUUGUAAGGACAAUGGUAGAAGAAAUGGUACUGGAGACUAACAUACCCUCGGACCCCUUUUCUGGGGGAGGAAAUUUUUUGUAAUCAACUACCAACGAUGAGACCAUCCAUAGCUGAGACGCUUCAGAAGGGGAGGAUGUUGUGGAUAGUUCUUCUAAGCACAACUGCCCUAGGGUGGACCACCCCGAUCCCCCUGACAGAGGACUCAGAGGAGACAGAUGAGCCUUGUUUGGACCCGUGCUACUGUGAAGUUAAAGAAAGCCUCUUUCAUAUACAUUGUGACAGUAAAGGAUUUACAAAUAUUAGUCAGAUUACUGAGUUCUGGUCAAGACCUUUUAAACUGUAUCUGCAAAGGAAUUCAAUGAGGAAAUUGUACACCAACAGUUUUCUUCACUUGAACAACGCUGUGUCUAUUAACCUUGGGAACAACGCAUUGCAGGACAUUCAAUCAGGAGCUUUCAAUGGUCUUAAGAUUUUGAAGAGGUUAUAUCUACAUGAGAACAAACUAGACAUCUUCAGAAAUGACACCUUCCUUGGCUUGGAAAAUCUGGAAUAUCUGCAGGCAGAUUACAAUGUCAUUAAACGUAUUGAGAGUGGGGCAUUUCGGAACCUAAGUAAAUUGAGGGUUCUGAUUUUAAACGAUAAUCUCAUCCCCAUGCUUCCAACCAAUUUAUUUAAGGCUGUCUCCUUAACCCAUUUGGACCUACGUGGAAACAGGUUAAAGGUUCUUUUUUACCGAGGAAUGCUAGACCACAUUGGCAGAAGCCUGAUGGAGCUCCAGCUGGAAGAAAAUCCCUGGAACUGUACAUGUGAAAUAGUGCAAUUGAAGAGCUGGCUGGAACGUAUUCCUUACACUGCCCUGGUGGGAGACAUUACCUGUGAGACCCCCUUCCACUUCCAUGGAAAGGACCUGCGAGAAAUCAGGAAGACAGAACUCUGUCCCCUGUUGUCUGACUCUGAGGUGGAGGCUAGUUUGGGGAUUCCCCACUUGUCAUCAAGCAAGGAGAAUGCAUGGCCAACUAAGCCUUCCUCAAUGUUGUCUUCUGUUCAUUUUACUGCUUCUUCUGUUGAAUAUAAGUCUUCAAAUAAACAGCCCAAGCCCACCAAACAGCCCCGAACACCAAGGCCACCCUCCACAUCUCAAGCUUUAUACCCUGGUCCAAACCAACCUCCCAUUGCUCCUUACCAGACCAGACCACCCAUUCCCAUUAUAUGUCCUACUGGGUGUACCUGUAAUUUGCACAUCAACGACCUUGGCUUGACUGUCAACUGCAAAGAGCGAGGAUUUAAUAACAUUUCUGAACUUCUUCCAAGGCCACUGAAUGCCAAGAAACUUUACCUGAGUAGCAAUCUGAUUCAGAAAAUAUACCGUUCUGAUUUUUGGAAUUUCUCCUCCCUGGAUCUCUUACAUCUGGGGAACAAUCGUAUUUCCUAUGUCCAGGAUGGAGCCUUCAUCAACCUGCCCAACCUAAAGAGCCUCUUUCUCAAUGGCAACGAUAUCGAGAAGCUGACACCGGGCAUGUUCCGAGGCCUACAGAGUUUGCACUACUUGUACUUUGAGUUCAAUGUCAUCCGAGAAAUCCAGCCUGCAGCCUUCAGUCUCAUGCCCAACUUGAAGCUGCUAUUCCUCAACAAUAACUUGCUGAGAACCCUGCCAACAGACGCCUUUGCAGGCACAUCACUGGCCCGGCUCAACCUGAGAAAGAACUACUUCCUCUACCUUCCUGUGGCUGGUGUCCUAGAACACUUGAAUGCUAUUGUCCAGAUAGACCUCAAUGAGAAUCCCUGGGACUGUACCUGUGACCUGGUCCCCUUCAAACAGUGGAUUGAAACCAUCAGCUCAGUCAGUGUGGUGGGUGAUGUGCUUUGCAGGAGCCCUGAGAACCUCACCCACCGUGAUGUGCGCACGAUUGAGCUAGAAGUUCUGUGCCCAGAGAUGCUGCACAUCCCACCAGCUGGAGCAUCCCCAGCCCAGCCUGGAGAUUCUCAUCUUGCUGGGGGGCCAACGAGUGCAUCACCUUAUGAGUUCUCACCCCCUGGGGGCCCUGUGCCACUUUCUGUGUUGAUUCUCAGCCUGCUGGUUCUUUUUUUUUCUGCAGUCUUUGUUGCUGCAGGCCUCUUUGCCUACGUGCUCCGACGGCGCCGGAAGAAGCUGCCCUUUAGAAGCAAGAGGCAAGAAGGUGUGGACCUUACUGGCAUCCAGAUGCAAUGCCACCGGCUUUUUGAGGAUGGUGGAGGUGGUGGAGGUGGAAGUGGAGGUGGGGGCAGACCGACUCUUUCCUCCCCAGAGAAGGCUCCUCCUGUGGGCCAUGUAUAUGAGUACAUCCCCCACCCAGUCACCCAGAUGUGCAACAACCCCAUCUACAAGCCUCGAGAGGAGGAGGAGGUGGCUGUUUCAUCAGUCCAGGAGACAGGGAAUGCAGAACGAGGGGGUUCUGGGACACAACCACCAGGAAUAGGUGAGGUUCUCCUAGGAAGUGAGCAGUUUGCUGAGACCCCCAAGGAGAACCACAGCAACUACCGGACCUUGCUGGAAAAAGAAAAGGAGUGGGCCCUGGCAGUGUCCAGCUCCCAGCUCAACACCAUAGUGACGGUAAAUCACCAUCACCCUCACCCUCACCACCCAGCAGCUGGUGGGGUUUCAGGGGUAGUUGCGGGAACUGGGGGAGACUUGGCUGGGUUCCGCCACCAUGAGAAGAAUGGUGGGGUGGUGCUGUUUCCCCCUGGGGGAGGCUGUGGUGGUGGCAGUAUGCUACUAGACAGAGAGAGGCCACAGCCAGCUCCCUGCACAGUGGGAUUCGUGGAUUGUCUCUAUGGCACAGUGCCCAAAUUAAAGGAACUGCACGUCCACCCUCCUGGCAUGCAAUACCCAGACUUACAGCAGGACGCCAGGCUCAAAGAAACCCUUCUCUUCUCGGCUGGAAAGGGCUUCACAGACCACCAAACCCAAAAAAGUGAUUACCUCGAGUUAAGGGCCAAACUUCAAACCAAGCCGGAUUACCUCGAAGUCCUGGAGAAGACAGCAUAUAGGUUCUAACAGUAAAAGAAAAAUAAAUUAGUGCUUUUUUUCCAAAAGAAAAGAAAAAUAAAAGAAAUAUAUCCCUUGCUCCCUUUACACUUGUCCCAAUAACUCCAUUCUCACAAACUUCCCUGCCCUGAACAGAACUGAAACCGCAUGAUAACUAGAAAAUACAGAUGUAUGCUCUCCCCUCUCAGAUGUGAUUUGGAGGAAGGGCCAUACUCAGAUCAUUAAUCAAUGAAGUGCCUUCGCAGACUUUUGCCAGCAAAUGUUAUCAUUAUUUUUUUAUACUGAAACUUGAGACUUUGACUGUGCCAUGUAUAAGGUAUAUUGGGGAUCGUUGUAUUGAUCCUAAUUAAGUAAAAUUCAAUGUGUCUUUUUAUUUUCAGUAAUUUUUUUUAGUUGUAGUUUUGUUUGACAGGGACGGGGGGGAAACAGAUUGACAUUUGUGGCUUUCUUUCCUCUUCCCAUCAUGGCACAGAUUCUGUACAUGUAUUAACAAUGCAGUUUGCUGCAUGCCUGGAAACUGCAAGACGGGGAGGGAGGGGGCGGGUCUUGCUUGAAUGUUCUCACCCACUCUUUUUUCUGUCACACUUAUACCCACACGCAAAUCACAAAUCCUUGCACACAGUUAGGUCCCUAAACCUGCAGCCUCUUCCUUCUCGUGCAGGUACACACACACACACACAAAUGUACACAUGUGUGUGCAUGCGCACACAAACACAUGCACCCUAUUCCUUUUCAACCCAAUCUAAUUAUUUAGGGUUUAAUCCAUCCUCUACUCUUCACAGCUUCAUGUCCCUUCACUCCUAGUGUACAGUUCUCUCCUACCACCCUGGGAAAAGUCAUAUUCUAGGUUGGAUCCUACUCAAGUGGAAGCCUGGUGGUUUAACAGCUGGAGGCAUACCUAGGGAUGAGCAACCUCUUUGUGACACUUCAUCCUGAUGCCAAGAUUUUUUGGAGAACAUCUGCACUUUCUUAUAUAUAUAUAUAUAAUAUUAAAAAAAUAAAAAAGCAACUGGGUAUAUAUCACUAACAGCUUUGUAGGAAGCACUUUUAAUGUUUUCUCUCUCACACACAAAGAUUCAAAAGAAAUGUGCAUAUAUUUAUUCUGUAAUUUCAGUGAUUAUAAAUUGUAAAGGUAAUGUUUAAUCAUUGUAUAGUGAUUAUGCGUCUGGUAUAGCUUUCCUAAUAAAAAGUUUUUGAAAAACAUAAUACAUUA